CCUCGUCUCAGGUGAACUGGAUCUCGCUCAUCGCAGGGGAUAUCACCAUCUGCGGUCUUGCAUUCUAGUAUCCAGAGAUCCAAAUCUUGUGCUGGGCAGGAAUUGGGCGACUCUUCAACCUAAAUGGCCAAAUUCAUGCUAAAGAAGCCAGAAGGCGCGGCGGGCAGCUCUUGGCCCGCCAUAGUAAUAGGUUUGUUCGUAGCAUUUGGUGGUGUGCUGUUCGGCUAUGACACGGGUACCAUAUCCGGUAUUCUUGCGAUGCCUUACUGGCUGCACCUGUUCGCAGACCCCCAGAACAAUUACCAGAUCACUUCGGCCCAGGACUCUCUGAUUGUUUCCAUCCUGAGUGCCGGGACUUUCUUCGGCGCACUCUCCGCUGCGCCAGUUGCCGACUUGAUUGGUCGUCGAUGGGGUUUGUUCAGCUCAGCCGGAUUUGUGUUCAAUCUUGGCGUGAUACUUCAAAUCGCUUCUACCGCGCGACCGAUGUUCAUAGCUGGCCGUUUCUUCGCGGGACUUGGCGUUGGGCUGGUGAGUGCCAUGAUUCCAAUGUAUCAAAGUGAGACGUCUCCAAAAUGGAUCCGAGGAACCAUUGUCGGGGCCUAUCAAUUGGCCAUUACCAUAGGUUUGUUUCUAGCGGCUAUUGUAAACAAUUCCACCAAAAACCGACAAGACUCGGGGUCUUACAGAAUUCCCAUCGGCAUACAAUUUGCGUGGUCCUUGAUACUCUGUACCGGGUUGCUUAUCCUACCUGAGACACCACGCUUCUAUAUCAAGAAAGAGAGACGGGAUAAGGCUGUCCACUCCUUAUGUAGGCUCCGAAGGCUUCCUGAAGACCACGAAGCGAUCCAGGAAGAAAUUGCGGAAAUCCAGGCCAAUCAUCACUACGAGUUAUCUCUGGGCAAAUCCAGUUACGCGGAUUGCUUCAAAGGAACAGUCCUCAAGCGUCUCAUUACCGGAUGCUCACUCCAGGCCUUGCAGCAACUUACCGGAGUCAACUUUAUCUUCUAUUACGGUACACAGUACUUCACAAACGCCGGGUUUCAGAAUCCAUUCAUCAUCCAAGUGAUCACAAACUCGGUCAACGUCGCUUCCACUUUCCCUGGUCUAUACCUAGUGGAAAAGAUGGGUCGUAGAAAUUUGCUCCUAAUGGGAGCCAUUGGGAUGUGUGUCUGCCAGUACAUCGUCGCAAUCACCGGAACUGCUGCGUCCUUCUCAAACCUUCCUGCGCAGAAGGCUGCUAUCGCAUUCGUCUGCAUUUAUAUCUUUUUCUUUGCGAGCUCCUGGGGCCCCGUUGCCUGGGUCGUCACCGGCGAACUCUUCCCUCUCAAGGUACGAGCAAAGUGCUUGAGCAUGACGACAGCCUCUAAUUGGCUUCUCAAUUGGGCCAUUGCAUACUCUACACCAUAGUAAGCGUGGGCUCACAAGUGCGACUAGCAUGACACUCUGCAAGCUACCCUUUGCUCCGGUAAUGAAAGCUUCAAGAAGCGGUGCAAGGCUACUUUGCAGCGUAGAAUACAACGCACAAAGAUCACCAAGUAUGAUUACAACUCCGCUAAUUUGACGUUAUAGUUUGGUGAAUAAGGGUCAUGCAAACUUGCAAUCAAAGGUGUUCUUCAUUUGGGCCACCUUCUGCUUCGUCUGUAUCGCCUUUGUUUACUUCAUGAUCUAUGAGACCAAGGGUCUCACUCUUGAAGAAGUUGAUGAGCUGUACGGUAUCGUUGGCAAGGCCUGGCAGAGCAAGAAAUUCCGUCCGGCAGUGCGCUUUGCGGAGGUUGAAAGGGAGGGUCUUGACAGACACAGAGGCGCUAGUCUCGCUGACAUUGCGGCUGAGCAGGUGAGAAGACGGUCCAGUGUCGCCGCUCCCGACGGCAAGGACAGUCAUGUUCACCAUGGUGAAAACGAGAAAAUUGUUUAACAGGGAAAGGGCUUGCCCAAAACGUGGGACUACGAUGCCAGUGCAUGUAGCGUAACGUCUGUGAUCAGGGCAAAUAUGUAUUUCUAAAUUUGACAAUGGCAUUUGAUGAGAAGCAAAGUGGAGGUGAGUUGGAUUUGAGGAGUGCGCCAAUUCUUAGUGCGAGUAUAGGUGUCGCCGUGUAUAUAUGACUAGCGAAUCUUACUUUCGCGUGGGAAUCUCGUAACCCUUUCCUCUUUGGAUUCGCUUGCGUUAGUUUAGGAGAUCCUCUGUAUAUCAUAUGCUUUAGCUUUUGGGAAA